AUGGCUCAACCGCCAUCACCACUUCCGGAACUAAAGAGACCCGUCAACAAUGGCCCGCCAGUGACGCAGCUCUGCCUAACCCAGGCCCAAAUCGUUCUCGUGCGCAAGACCUGGCAGGCAGCUCGUGCUCAAGGAGCCCUCGAGCCCGCCAUCAGCAUUUUCAGAAACUCGUUCUUCAAAAACCCGGAAAUCCGUCAAAUCCUAAUGCACGGCACAAAGAAUAUGGGCCACGAGCGGCUGAAGCGCCAUGCCCAGCUCUUCACACAAACUAUGGACAAUUUGAUCGCGAAUCUCGAUAAUCCAAACUCAGAUGUGCAUGAGCUACGUGAAGCUGGGAGGGCGCAUGUCUUUUCGAGCAAAGAACAAUUUGGAUGUCCAUUCCGUGCGGCAUCUUUGGACCAAUUCGCGCAGGCCAUGCUCGAGCGUACUUUGGAAUGGGGUGAAAAGAAGGAUAGAAAUGAGGUAACUCAACGAGCCUGGACAAAAAUCGUCUUCUUCAUCGUGGAGCAAAUGAAAGAAGGAUUCCACGAGGAAGUCAAAUGGCAACGCCGAAUCCGUCCCAGACAUAUGGGGUUACAGUCCGCACAGCACAGCUCGUUGGGCGAAAUGCCGUCG